AUGAACGUCGAGGGCGCGUUUCAGCACGUCUUGGCCGACCUGAUGGGUUCCGUCGGCGUGAUCAUCUCCGCGAUACUCAUCAUGGCGUUCGACUGGACUCUUGCCGACCCGAUCCUGAGCGUCCUUAUCGCCCUGCUCAUCCUGUGGAGCAGCCGUAAACUGAUGUUUACGGUAACGAACGUGCUGCUCGAAGGGACUCCCCAGCACAUCGACGCCUAUAAGCUCUGCAAUGACAUUGAAGACGAAGAAAUUGUGCGUCACGUGCUGGGCAAGGACCACUGCCUGGUGCUCAUGCCGACGGGCGGCGGCAAGUCGCUGUGCUACCAGCUGCCCGCUCUGUGCCUCGACGGGCUGACGCUCGUGGUCUCGCCGCUCAUCGCGCUCAUGAAGGACCAGCAGCCUGCCAGCUCGGAGAUCGGCAGCAUCCACACCGCCGCGCUCAUGGGGCGAAUCAAAAUACUCUAUGUCGCGCCCGAGCGCCUGACGGUGCCCGGCUUCGUGUCGUUCCUCGACUCCGUAUCGGUCAGCCUCAUCGCCAUCGACGAGGCGCCACUGCAUCUCCGAGUGGGGGCACGACUUCCGGCCCGACUACCGAAACCUCAAGGCCCUCCGCGCUCGCUUCCCCGACGUGCCCUGCAUCGCCCUCACGGCGACGGCACCGAGCGCGUCCGGGAAGACAUCAUCUCCCAACUCGACAUCCCCGGCGGCGAGACGUUCCUUUCCAGCUUCAACCGCAAGAAUCUGACCUACACCGUCCUCCCGAAGCGCGACCGGUUCGGCGAGCUGCUCAAGCUGCUCAGCAAACACAAGGGCGAGUCGGCGAUCAUCUACUGCUUCUCGCGUAAGGGCACAGAGGAAUUGGUCGCCGACCUGGCAGACGAGGGGCUCAACGCGCUGCCGUAUCACGCCGGACUAGACCCGCGACCCGACGCGCGAACCAGGAGAGGGCAGGGGCGCGACGGCCUGCCGAGCGACUGCGUGCUCUUCUACUCGCCGGGCGACAGAUCGAAGCAAGAGUAUUGGAUCGGUCAGAUGGAGGACGAAGAAGAGCAGGGCCGCGCUCGGCGGAAGCUCGACGGUAUGGUCGAUUACUCCGAGUUGACCCGAUGCCGGCGGGCUUAUCUGCUGCUCUACUUCGGUGAGGAGUUGGAGGACGGCAAGUGCGGGGGAUGCGAUGUCUGCCUUGCCGAUAUGGAGGAAUUCGACGCUACGAUUAUCACGCAGAAGAUACUCUCUGCCGUAAUUCGCACUGAAGAGCGGUUUGGCGUGAGUUACGUAGCGGACGUUCUACGCGGAUCCCGCGCCAAGAGAGUCAUCGAAACAGGUCACGAUAAGCUCUCGGUUUACGGGAUUGCCCGCGAUUUCUCCAAAGACGAGAUCACGAGCAUCUCGCGACAGCUAGUGGAUGAAGGGCUGCUCGCCAAGGAGAAAGGGGAAUAUCCGACGCUCUCCGUCACGGCGUCCGGCCGUGAGUUUCUCCAAAGCCGCGCGACCCUGCGGCUCACCAGAAAGAAAGAAAGCGCCCCCGAACGAAAGAGGUCGGCCGAUUCCCACCUAGACUACGACCGAGGACUCUUUGAGCUGCUCCGAAACGUCCGACGGGAGCUCGCGGAAGAGCGGAGCGUCCCGCCAUACGUCGUGUUCGGGGACGCAUCGCUCAUGCAGAUGGCCUACUUCCUGCCACAAAGCGGGGAGAGCUUCUCCCGCAUCACAGGCGUUGGCGCGACCAAGCUCGAAGAGCAUGGCGAGAUCUUCGUGAAACACAUCCGUGAGUACGCCGAGCAGCACGGCCUCCAAGAGAGGGAACGCACAUCUGAACCACGCAAGUCACGCUCCGUCCGCAGGCCCGGCUCGACCUACGCGAAGACGCUGGGACUGCUCCGGCAAGGGCUGACUUUAAACGAGAUCGCCACCCAACGCGGCCUCAGCCCUGGUACGGUUAUCGGCCACCUCGAACGGCUGGCCGCUCACGGCGAGCGGAUCGACGUGAGCCGCCAACUGGAACCUGAGCGCUUCGACAGCAUUAGACAGGAGAUCGAGCGCUCCGAGACAUCGUGGCUGUCGGAGAUUAGGGACGCCCUAGGCGACGGGGUACUCCUACGACGAGAUCCGGCUGGUGCGCCUGCACCUUCAGCGCAGUCCCAACAGUUCCAGAGAGUCGCGCUCGAUGAUCGACUCCAGCUCGUCUUCAGGCAACUCCGGCAGGUGAUACUUCCGGGCGUAGUCGUUCAGGCCUCGCAGAAAGCCGAUGGUCUCGGCCGGUGUUGUCACCGGGAAGUCGCUGGCGAACAGGAGCUUGUGGAGCAUCCCCCACUCGCACGCCUGCAUGAAGGCGUGGUACGCCUGCCACGGGCGGAUCAGCGCUCCCGACACGUCCGCGUAGACGUUCGGGUGCUUGCGAAUGAUGUUCACGCAGUCGACGUGCCACGGGUGCGCCAUGUGCGCCAUGACGACCUUGAGGUCGCGAAACUCCGCGGCGAUCUCGUCCAUAACCAUCGGGUGCGCGUACCGUAG